GGUUCUCUCCUUCAAAGCAACGAACCGAAACGGAUAAGACUUCCGAGGAAACCAAAAGAAAAUUUGAAUUUUCUUCCAAUGGGAUUGGAGCUUCGUUUGAAUUAAGAAAGCUUUUUUCGAGAGCUUCGGAUUUCGAUUAAAGAGAGAGAGAGAAAAAGGAAAAAGAAAUGAAUUUCGCAGUAAGUUUUCGCGGGAACUUUGGUGUGUUAUCGCAGUGUAGCUCUUGCUGUGAUCUUCGGUUUCAGCCAUUGUUAGCUUCUCCAAGUCUUGCUAAGUCCAAACGGUGUCGUUUAAGGAACUUGAAGUUUUCUCAGCUCUCAAGAUUUUGCAGGCGAAGAGAGAUUGUUUGUAGAGUAACAGAGACAGAAACUGAAUCAGAUAGUAACAAUGAGAAGGAGAAAGAAGAGAAUGAAGGUGGAGAAAAUCCAGAUACUACUGGUUCUGCAGAGCGAAAUGAUUCCCAGAUUGAUCCUCAGCCCGUGAAUGUAGAGCAAAUAAAAAAUAAUGGUGCAGAAACUAUAGCUCAAGGUGGUGUCCAGGAGGAUGGCGAUGUUGAAGUUACUAGUGGAUCACCUCUGCCAGGUGUGAAGCCGCAGCAACUGGAUGAAACAAUGAGGAUACCAAAGGAAACAAUUGACAUUCUUAAGGAUCAAGUAUUUGCAUUUGAUACUUUCUUUGUGACUAGCCAGGAGCCAUAUGAGGGUGGAGUGUUGUUCAAAGGAAAUCUGCGAGGACAGGCUGCUAGAAGUUACGAAAAAAUAUCUACUAGGAUGCAGAACAAAUUUGGUGAUCAGUAUAAGCUUUUCCUUCUUAUCAAUCCAGAAGAUGACAAACCAGUGGCAGUUGUUGUUCCAAAAACAACUUUGCAACCAGAGACAACUGCGGUCCCUGAGUGGUUUGCAGCUGGGGCUUUUGGUCUGGUUACAGUGUUUACCUUACUUCUUCGAAAUGUCCCUUCACUGCAGUCCAACUUAUUAUCAACAUUUGAUAAUCUCAACUUGUUAUUGGAUGGUCUACCUGGAGCCUUUGUUACUGCACUUCUUCUGGGGUUACAUGAAUUUGGCCACAUCUUAGUAGCAAAGAGCACUGGAGUUAAGCUUGGUGUUCCGUUCUUUGUCCCCAGUUGGCAGAUAGGCUCUUUUGGUGCCAUAACAAGGAUAAAAAGUAUUGUACCCAAACGUGAAGACCUUCUGAAGGUUGCAGCAGCUGGACCUCUAGCUGGCUUUUCCUUGGGUUUUGUUCUAUUCCUUCUAGGUUUCAUCUUGCCACCCAGCGAUGGUAUUGGAGUAGUUGUUGAUGCUUCUGUGUUUCAUGAAUCAUUUCUUGCGGGGGGUGUAGCAAAGCUUCUUCUAGGUGAUGCAUUGAAGGAAGGCACUCCUAUAUCACUUAACCCACUUGUAAUUUGGGCAUGGGCUGGACUUCUCAUUAAUGCCAUCAACAGCAUCCCUGCGGGGGAACUAGAUGGGGGGCGAAUCUCCUUAGCAAUAUGGGGAAGAAAGGCUUCAUCUCGCUUCACAGCAGUCUCCAUUGCGCUGCUAGGAAUCUCAUCAUUGUUCAAUGAUGUUGCAUUUUACUGGGUAGUUCUCAUAUUUUUCUUGCAGAGGGGGCCAAUUUCUCCACUCUCUGAGGAAAUUACUGAUCCUGAUGGCAAGUAUGUUGCCCUUGGAGUUUUAGUUUUGAUCUUGGGAUUGGUUGUAUGCUUACCGUAUCCAUUCCCUUUCACAGAUGAGUCCAUUACAAACUUUUAGUGAUAAUAGUUUAUACAAUAAUCAAACCUACGUAGAGUCAAACUUGGAUUCCAUUUUUAGGAAGAUUUGUCGGAGGAAAUGGCCAUGAUAUGCAAAUCGGCUUGUAAAGUGGCUGUUAUUACAUAAUAGUGAUAUAGAAAGAAUAAUUUUGAGAGUGAUGGCUAGUUAUGUUUGGAAGUGUAAUGAUCAGUAUGCAACAUGUGCUAGCUGGUUGAAACAACUGUCAACUGAAAUUAAUAGCUGAACCAGUGGUAAGUAAACAGCUCUCUGGUUAUUGCAGAACCU